AUGUCAUAUACUUCAGUACCAACAGAACCUGAAAAUGCUACAAUAGCAAUUGGAGGAAGAAGAUAUUCUUCAGAUACACCAACAAGAAUGUUCAUGCUUCCAAAUGGUGAUGGUUUUAAUUCUACACCACCACCUCCAACUGGAAGUCAAUUACGUCGUUCUUCAAAGAUUGGACGUUUAUCAGGAGAAUUUAAGAGAGAAAGUAUAAGAGCUAAACUUUCAUCAAAGUAUAAAUUAGUCAGUCCUGAAAAUGAAGAACCACAACAUAUAAAAAUUGUUAUGCCUUUACCUUCUCAAUUAUCGAAUGAUUUAAAAGAUGAACAAGAAACAUUUUCUACACAUAGUAAUAAUAAAACAUUUAAAGAAAUAUUGAAAAUGCCUUGGAUUGAUGAAAAUGAGAAUAAAUUUAGUAAAAAAUUUUGGCUGAUAUUUGUCAUUAGUUUACUUAUACUUUUCGGAAUUUCAAUAAUCGGAUUUGGAAUAUAUGCAUAUAACAUAUGA